CUUGGGGUUGUAAUUGGAUCAUGGAUUCGGAGAGGAAAUUUUCUAUGGAAAAGGAAAGUUGAAGGGAAAAAUAAAUGAAAUUGAAGUUAAUUUUCUUCUCACUUCUCUUCUCUUUUCCUUUCCUCUGCAAAUCUCUCCUCAAAUCCAUGAUCCAAACACAACCUAACUGCUUAAAUGGCCUUACUGAAUUAUUAGGUUUGUUGAAUUUCUGACUGGGUAGAAGUGAGCAGAACAAACUAUUGAAUGAUCCAAUCUGGGUUCAUCAAACUUAGGUUCUAUUGAAAAUUGUCUUGUCAAUUACUUAAGAACUCAUGUUAAAAUAUAUAUAUAUAUAUAUAUAAUCUUAAAAGCUCAACCUUAGCUCUGGCAGGUUUUCUUGACCUACUGACGAUCCUCAAAUUUGAGUUGGGGACCCGAGGUUCCCUAAAAGAUAUAUUUCACAUUAUCAUGAAUGCAGAAGGUGGAAAUGGAAUACAAAACUUACAAAUACUUAAAAAUGGUCAGACUAAUACCAAUUUUGUGAACAUUUUUGGGUUGGAUGGUUUUUUUCAGUAUACUUUUUAAACUACUUUUGAUUGCAAUAUGGCUAACCACUUAUUUGUUAUUUCCGAUGCAGGUUUUGGUGAACAAAAAUACUGCUAGUGCAAGUGAAAUAGUGAGCAGCUGAGAUUAUCACAGAGAUUCAGUUGCUUAUCAAUGGAACCCGAAAACGAAACACAUCUUGUCAGCUGGAAGUCUCAACUUGAGGAGGAUAUGAAGAUGAUCCAAUAUCAGGACAACAAAAACCACAUUAUUGAAGUACUUGCAGCUAAUGACCUUGACUGCGAUGAUCUAGGUUCAAUCUGUGCAGCAGACGCGAUGGUUCUUGGUAACUAUAUAGAAGAAAUUGUAGUAUCUGCAGUCUCUUAUCAUUUGAGGAAUAACAAGGAUCCUGAAUACGGACACGGAAAGCUAGUUAUUUCAUCCUCAAGUUUGUCCCAUGGUUUGAGCAUAUUCCAGGAAGGCAAGUCUUCUGGCAAGGAUACUUUAAAGCUGGAAGCGCAGACUGAACCUUUUAUGGAUGCACCAAAGGAUGAGGUUGUUGCUGUGAAGCCAGAAACAAAAGUUGGAAGCACAGUCCCUGAGCCAUCAGCUUUAACAGAGGCAUCAGCUUCAACAGUGAAGGAUGCUGGUAACCCAGCGCGCCAGCAUCAAAAGCUCUGUGUUUAUUCUUCUCCUGGUCCCUUCUUUUCUCAUCGUGGUGUUUGCUUAUACCAGGAGAUUCCUCUUGACAAUGAAUUUGAGAAGCGCACAAGGCCAAAAGUCAUACCAGCUAGUGAGAUCGGUGUGACAUUCAAAGAUAUUGGUGCUUUGGAUGAUAUUAAAGAAUCUCUCCAAGAACUAGUGAUGCUACCUCUUUAA